AUGAUGUCCAAUUCUGAAAAAAUUGACAUUGACUCUACAUUUACAACGCUUGUUCUUAAUAGAAAUGUUAAAAUUCUUACGAAAUCAACAACACAUACGCUAGGUCAUGAUUUAGAUGAUCAGCGAUUAAAUCAAAAUGAACAAAAACAACAAUCUUCAAUUCAUUUAGAAUUAAAUUCAAUACAAAAAUUUGAUGGACAUGGUAAUCCAAAAAUUAGGAUAAAACAUUUUAUGGAAAAAUUUGAUUCCUUACAAGUUACACGUCGUGAACAAUAUGAAUUAAUUCCCAACACAUUGACCGGUGAAGCCCUUAUUUGGUAUAUUGAACAACAAGAUCAUAUGCCAACCUUUAUUACAUUUAUGAAGAAAUUUUUACAACGUUUUGAUAAUCAAGAGUUAAAGACAGACUUAUCAACAAAAAUUAUUUCACCAUGUACGCCAUCAAAGCAAUCAGGAAAUGCAAAUUAUCAAGAUGCUUUUAUGGACUGUUUACGAACUCAAACGUUAAUCACUACUUUUGAAAAAUUACCAAAAUUUUCUGGUAAAUCGAAACAAAAUGUAUCUAAUUGGUUACAAGAAAUUCAGCAAACAAUCAAUAUAUUUAAGUUAACAGAUAACGAAAAGUUGCUUUAUAUAUCUUUAUAUUUAGGUGUUGCAAAAGAUUGGUUUUUUGAUUGUGCGGAUUCAUUUUUAACAUGGGCAUCUUUUCUGGAAAAAUUUAUAAAAAUAUUUAAAUUACGUGGGAAUGCUGAUAAUUUUGAUCCAUUAUGUAUUUCUCAAGAUUAUAGUAAUAAAUAUAAAAUUAGUCUUAAUGAAAACGAUCAACAACAGUUAUUAAUGAUGAACAAUACUUCACGGAUUAAGCUUAGUUCUCUACAUACAACAAUUCAUUUAAAUAAAAAUGAUAAAACUUUAAUAAAACCAAAAUCAAAUAUGCUUGGUGAUGAUUUACAUGAUCAGCAUUUCUCACAACAUGAACAAAAUCGAUUUGCUGUUCAUCCAAUAGCAGAUAAACAAAACAUUACAACAUUCACAAAUAUUAUUACUCAAGAUACUAAUGUGAAAACAAAAGAAAAACCAUUAGGAUAUAAAGAUGAAUAUGAAACUUCAAAUAUUCAAACGCCACAGGUUAAUUUAGUUCCAAUUAAUGAUGCAUCAUUUAAUGUUUCAAGUUUGGAAAAUUUACUACUUGAUGAUAUUAAUGUUCUGUCAAAUGGUCUUGAUGUUUUUCAAAAUGUUGGCAUUACAACUUAUAAUUCAAUUAUUGCAACCAAUAGUGUAUUUAUUGAAAUACAAUAUUCAUUAAAUAUGCAUAAUGAAUCUAUAAUAACUGAAAUACGUCGUCAUGCAAACCUUAAAACAACAGCACAAAUAAUCUUACUCAAAAUUACAAGAGCGUUCGACAAAACAUUUAAAUAUAUUUCUAAUAAUCAAAUAAUAACUUCUAUUGAUCAUUUCCAAGAAGAAGGAUAUAGUCAAUGUCAUAUUUAUUCAUAUCCAUAUAAAUGGAAAAUUUACAAUAAUAUAACAAAUAAUUUUCGAGGUGGAUUAUUUACCAGUGUUACUCAAGUUGAAUUACAUGAUGAACAUCCAUUUGAAUAUGAAUUUUUUCCUCAAACUGCUCAAUCAUUUCCAUUUAUGAAAGAAUUAACAAUAAAGAAUCGUAAAGCCCAAAAUACUAAACAAUUUGUAAAAUCAAACAACAAUCAUCAAAUAUUCUCAAUUAUUGAAUAUCCCAAUCUUACUCGACUUGAUCUUACUAAUACUCAUGAUGAUUAUGUUGAACUAUGUUUAUUUGAUACGAAUAUGUCUUUGCCAAAUAAUCUUCAUCGUUGUGUCGAUUAUCAAUCAUUGGAAAGAGUGACAUACUAUUUUACAAGAUAUAUAACACGAAAUCAUUUUGCAAAACUUGCUACUCUAUAUAUUUAUCCAGUGGAUCAAAUCAAUGAACAUAUCAAAAACUAUUUUCCUCAUGACUCUAUACGUCGUUCUCUUGAUUUUGUAUUAUCUUAA